UACACCAGUGCUCUGUGACUCAGAUGCACAGAUCUUUCACCUCAUGAACAUGAAUACACAUGCAAUGGAGCCUCAGAGGGACCCCCUGUGUUAUGCUUUGGAUCAGCCCGGACAGGAUCACCCUCACAGGCUCGGUCAGCUGGACUGCACCACUGACGUGGCUCUGGAGGGGAGGGCGAGAGCUGACUCGGGCGAGGGCAACGGGGCUGCAGCCUCCUCCUCCCCGGAGAGUGGCAGCCUUAACGGGGACGGCGAGCGCGGCGGGAAGCGGCAGAGGCGUCGGAAGCGCCCCUCUCGUUCGGAGAGCCAGUCCGCCGGCAAGGAGGGCCAGCCUGCGCGGGGGCCGAGCCAGGCCCUGCUGGGCCUGCAGGCUGAGUCCGUGUGGUUCCACCGCAGCGUCUACGAGCAGGCUGAGAGCGCGUAUCAGAGGUGGCUGGCUAGCUCGGUGGACGGGACUGCGGCGCCGCUGUCCCCCACCCCAGAGGAGCGUCCCGCCCAGCCUGAGGCGCCCCCGGUGGCAGACUGUCGUCAUGGAGACUGGGUGGCGUGUCACCAUGUUGUAGAGUCGGUGUGGGUGAACAGGUCGGCCUUUGAGGCCGCUGAGCGGCGCUUCAUGGAGAAGGCCUCGUUGCCCCCGGCGACCGCCGCCGCCCCCAGCUCCCUCGCCCUUCCUCCGAGCCGUAGCCCCCCUGCGGCGCAUAGAACCCCUGACGAGGGGUACCUCUCCCUCACCCCCACGCCGGCCACCCCCUGCCCGCUAACACCGCAGCGGCGGUCCAUCAACGGCCUUCCAGGCUUCCCCUGCGAGCUACUCAGAUGGGUGUGGGUGGAGAAGCCUCUUUUCGACCGGGCUGAGGCGGCCUAUUACCAAAACCUCUGCAGCCAGCUACUCCCCUCUGCGUCCACGCCUGCGCCUGCUGCCACAGCCACACCCGCAGUCACUCCCACUACCACGCCCACGCCUGCUGCCACAGCUACACCGACGGUCGCGCCCACAACUGCAGCCACACCCGUCCCCACGCCCACCCCCGGGGAGAACGAGGGCCACUCUACAGACAGCGAGAACGGGGCCCCCGAAGCCGCAGCCGACGCCCUCUCCCCCCCACCCCCUGCCACGGGGGACCGGGCCCGUCCCGCAGAAGACGGAGGGCAGGCCGAGCUCCGCUGCUUCCUGCACCCGGACAGCGAGCGGGCGUGGCUGGACGGGCCGCGCUUCGAGGCCGCGGAGCGGCACUUCCACGAGAUGGAGGCAGCGGCCGGGGUGGAUCUCAGCCCCUCCGUGGGGCCCACCGAGGGGGACCUGGCCGCUCCCAGCAGCCCUUGCCCUGACGUAGACGUGAUUGGUCUGAAAGCGGAGAGCCCCGCCUCUUUGACAUGCAGCAGCUGUGACAGUCUCUUGGUGGCUGCUUGCUGUGUCAUCGGAAAGCGCAGGGCAGUGUCGCUCGGCCGUCUGCAGCGUGCCAGGAUCUGUGCGGACAGAACCAUGAGUGGAGUGGAGUACCUGGCCCAGGAGAAAAUCUGGUUCGACAAGUUCCGCUACGAUGAAGCGGAGAGGCACUUCUAUGAGAGGAUGAACGGCCCCACACACACGCCGCAGGAGACUGGAGCUAAUACCAUACUGCAAGACAUUGCCAGAGCCCGUGAGAAUAUCCAGAAAUCUCUAGCCGGAAUGAAGACGACACUACAGCCUGGAAAAGGGCGUUCCCGCACCCCUCAGAAUCGGCGAGGCCAGUCCGGUGCAGUGUGCGGCGCGGGGGACCAGGGCGAGCUGAUCACCCGGAUGAAGAGUCUGGAGCUGGAGAACCAGAACCUGCACAAAGUGGUGGAGGACCUGCGAUCAGCCCUGUCCAAGCUUGAGUCCAGAGUGGCAGUUCUGGAGAAGAGGCCAGCGGCAGCACCAGCUCCAGCUCCAGCUGCAGCAGCAGCACCUUGUGCCAAGGCUGCUCCUGUGGUGCAGCCAAAGGUCCGCGCCCCGGUGGAGGAGGACGACGAUGACGACCUCGACCUGUUCGGCAGCGAUGAGGACGAGGAUGAGGAGGCAGAGAGAAUCCGUGAGCAGAGAGUGAAGGAGUACACUGAGAAGAAGGCCAAGAAACCUGCACUCAUCGCCAAGUCCUCCAUCCUGCUGGACGUCAAACCGUGGGACGAUGAGACAGACAUGGUGAAGCUGGAGGAGUGUGUGCGCUCAGUGCAGGCCGACGGGCUGCUCUGGGGCUCCUCUAAGCUGGUUCCCGUGGGCUACGGCAUUAAGAAGCUGCAGAUCCAGUGCGUGGUGGAGGAUGACAAGGUGGGCACAGACAUGCUGGAGGAGGAGAUCACCAAGUUCGAGGACUACGUCCAGAGUGUGGACGUGGCUGCUUUCAACAAGAUCUGAAUGCCCCGCCCUGGCUCCGCCCUGACCCUGCCUUGACUGCUGCUGCUGAUGCUGAUGUGACAAACGGUUAUCAAUAAAAGCUCUGAGAGCGCA